GUCCAGUGUGGCGGGCACCCCUCAGAGGCAGUGCUUCCCGGCAGCCCUGCGUCCUCCCCGGGUCCCUGUGGCUUCGCCGGCGGGAUCCACUGUCUGCGUUCCUGGGAUUUUCUUACAUGGCUGUUUUCCUCAAAAUGAGUAUUGGUAUCACCUUCAUAAGACCUUUUGCCAAAGUUUUGGUGCCAUUUACCCUUACUAAGAAGAGAAGGGUUUUAUAUUCCAUGAUUCUGCAGAGAUACAUGUCUUCCAAAAUACCAGCUGUGACCUCUCCUAAAAAGGAAAGUACAUCACCUGAACAGCUGGAAUUGGAUGGGUGGAAAAUUACAAUGAAAUCUAGUGUGCAAGAAGGUGUUCCAACAGUCUCAAGUACCAAGGAUGAAGAUCCUGUAGCUGCAACUAGGGAGUUAAUUGAGAUGUGGAGGUUGCUUGGCAGAGAAGUACCAGAACACAUCAGUGAAGAAGAGCUCAAAACCAUUAUGGAAUGUGCUUCUAAAUCAUCGAAAAAAAAAUAUUUAAAAUAUUUAUAUGUAAAGGAAAAAAUGAAGAAAGCUAGGCAAAUAAAAAAGGAAAUGAAAGCAGCAGCAAGGGAAAAAGCAAAAAAAGACCAGCUGCUAGAAACCUCUAAGGAAGAUAAACAGCAAGACUUUCUAUUUCUACGACUUUGGGAUCGGAAUAUGGACAUAGCAAUGGGCUGGAAGGGUGCCCAGGCCAUGCAGUUUGGACAGCCUUUGGUUUUUGACAUGGCUUAUGAUAAUUAUAUGAAACCAAGAGAACUGCAGAGUGCUGUUUCCCAACUUUUAGAAAGUGAAGGAUGGAACAGAAGAAAUGUUGAUCCUUUCCAUAUUCAUUUCUGCAAUCUUAAAAUAGAUAGCCCUUUUCAUAGAGAGUUAGUUAAACGUUAUGGAGAAAAAUGGGACAAAUUGCUUUUAACAGCAACAGAAAAAUCUCACAUAGAUUUAUUUCCAAAAGACAGUAUUAUAUAUUUAACUGCCGAUUCUCCCAAUGUUAUGACUACUUUCAAGCAUGACAAAAUUUAUAUAGUGGGAUCUUUUGUUGAUAAGAAUAUGCAGCCAGGCACAUCCCUAGCCAAGGCAAAACGGCUGAAUCUGGCAACAGAAUGCCUUCCAUUAGAUAAAUACUUACAGUGGGACAUUGGUACAAAAAAUCUCACCUUAGAUCAAAUGAUGCGUAUUUUGUUAUGUCUGAAAAACACUGGUAGUUGGGAAGAGGCUCUGAAGUUUGUUCCUAACAGAAAACAUUCUGGUUAUCUGGAGGUUUCUCAGCAUUCUCGAGAGUCUGUCAACAGAAUGAAGAAGUCAAAGACAAUUAAUUCAUUUCCAAAAGGCUCUGUUUAUGCGCCCAGAAAACGUGACUUGAAAGAGAAUAUUUGAUAGCUUGAAAAGAAAAUGGAUUGGAAAUAAAGUUCUGUUAGUCUCUUCCUGAAUGGAAUUCACUUGCUCUUCAAAGUUUUGUCUUUCUAAACAAGUAUCUUUCCCCAAUUAAUUAAAUAUCUGCAAAACUUCAGAAAUGUAUUUUGUUUACUAUAAAAAAAUCUUAGAAAGUAAAAAGUUGUCCAAGUUUGCUGAGCCCAGUAAAA